AUGACGGCCUCGAAGACCAACAAAGCAACGUUGGCAGACCUGCCCGUUCCACCCAACACCCCCAAUACAUUAACUACACCACGUGCUACAGCAAAACGGUUUGUCCUUGACGAAGAGAAUCUCGUUCCUGAUAUAACCAUUUUGAAAGGCAUCUUUGGCGACACUCUUUCCAAGUGCCCCAGAUUCAAGGUCAUCACCAACGACGUUGAUGCCUGCACUUUUGUGGUGGACCUGGAGGGCGAAUCCAAGUCGCCUGAAAGCUUCCCUACGAAAUUGUCAAUUCGAAUCGAAGCAGCUCAGCCCAAUAAACAGUUGUUUUGCUCAGCCGCUUUCCAAAAGAUUGCUCAUCGCAGGCUGCCACAUCUUAUUCCCAAAAUUUGGGGCGUAGGUUCUACGAAAGCCAGCGGCGGCCGUGAGCUGCAUUAUAUCCUGAGCCAGCAUUACCAAGAGGACGUCGUCACUGUAGAGUCCAUAUGGGAAAAGCUCAAUAACUCGGCCAAAAGGGCUCUCAUGGCUGAUGUUGUCAGCACUAUGUCCGACCUCCAAGGCAUUCGCUUGCGUGAACUCGACAAGGAAGACUGGGAUAUCCCAACAGAGAACCCGCUAACCUCUCAGGAUACUGAGGAUAUGCCAGCCGUUGGAAACUCCCACGUCGGCUGGUUCAAACAUAUCAAGUCGUUUCUGCUGGAAAUAUUGGACCCUGGCAAGGCCAAAUACGGUCUUGCCGCCGACGACGAGGGCUCGGUCGUACUCAGCACAAACUUCUCAGCAAAUGGCAUCCCCAAUCCGCAGAACAUCGAAUUCACGUCAGAUGACCUCGCUAUCCUCCAACAUGCCUGCGUCCUGUGCCACAACGACAUCGAGCCCCGCAACAUUCUCGUCCGUUUGAAGUGUACUGACUUUGGACUAGGCUGUGAGCUCGUCGCCAUUACCAAUUUCGACUCCGCAGGCUUCUUUCCUUUCGCCUACGAGACCGCACGCAAGGACACGGAUUUGGGUAAGAAGAAUAGGCACGGAGACUGGUACGAACUCUACAAGGAUUUCACGCGUUUGCUUCUGCGCGAACAUGCGGACCGUAAUUUCUUGAAGAUCGAGGAGAAGCUUAUUAAAGCAGUUGUCCUUGCGGAUCGCGGACAGAGACGGAGCCAAGCCUUCAAUGUCGGUAACCGUGUGCAGGAAAAGUGGUUGGAGCGCGAAGGAUUCAAGAGAAGUGAUAAUGCACGGGUAGGUUUUGUGAAAAGUGACGUUGCGACUAGAGUAUUUACGCAGGCUGAUGAUGAUAAGUUGGAAGAAGAGGCAUUGAAGGAGCUUGGGUACAUUUGA